GUUGGGAGGUGGGCAGCAAAGAGCGCAGGCGCAGUGCCCGCACCCGCGGCGCCCCUCUCCCCUCCCCGCCUGGGGCCUCAGCGGCCCCAGAGGCGGUUUUCCUGGUGAAGCGCGCGGCAGCGGGCAGCCCUGGCCGGAGCACCGGCGCGCCUUCCUCGCCGCGACACGCAGGUAACCGGGCCCCGAGAACUGGUCGGCAGCGGCGGACUGGGAUCUUGACCUGCCUGCCGGGCCGCCCCACCCGGAAGGAGUGGGAAAGUGCCGCGAACCCCACACACCCGCUUUUAGCUGUCGCACCUAAAAGGCAGAGCCCCUCUUUUGGGGUGGGGUUCUCCUGGGGCAAAGCGCCCCGCCCUCUUCACAAACCUUCGCGGGGGACUCUGCUCGACGCCUGAAAGGCCCCGGGGACCCCACUUCUCUGCGCUGCUCUCUUGAAGAACCAGGACACGGGGUCCGUAGGAUCAGCAUCAGCGACGGGCCCUACACCCCCGUUUCCUGCCACAGUCUUACGUAUUGGUCCUUCCCCACCCUCUAUAAUAAAAGCUGUUGCUUUCCUCUCGCCCAGAAGCCCAUCCAAACAAGGAAUUGAUUAUCUGAAGAAAUGGAUAUUUCUCCCUCCAAAAAAUAUCCUGUUAAAAAACGGGUGAAAAUACAUCCCAACACAGUGAUGGUAAAAUAUACCUCUCAUUAUCCCCAGCCUGGGGAUGAUGGAUAUGAAGAAAUCAAUGAAGAUUAUGGAAACUUUAUGGAAGAAAAUCCAAAGAAAGGCCUGCUGAGUGAAAUGAAAAAAAAAGGAAGAACUUUUUUUGGAACCAUGGAUACCCGAACUCCACCAACAGAAGACCCAAUGACCAAUGAAAUUGGACAAUUUCAGAGCUUUGCAGAAAAAAACAUUUUUCAAUCCAGAAAAAUGUGGAUAGUGUUGUUUGGAUCUGCUUUGGCUCAUGGAUGUGUGGCUCUUAUCACUAGGCUUGUUUCUGAUCGUUCUAAAGUUCCAUCUCUAGAACUGAUUUUUAUCCGUUCUGUUUUGCAGGUCUUAUCUGUGUUAGUUGUGUGUUACUACCAGGAGGCACCCUUUGGACCCAGUGGAUACAGAUUACGACUCUUCUUUUAUGGUAUAUGCAAUGUCAUCUCUAUCACCUGUGCUUAUACAUCAUUUUCAAUAGUUCCUCCCAGCAAUGGGACCACUAUGUGGAGAGCCACAACCACAGUCUUCAGUGCCAUUUUGGCUUUUUUACUUGUAGAUGAGAAAAUGGCUUAUGUUGACACGGCUACAGUUAUGUGCAGCAUCUUAGGUGUUUGUCUUGUCAUGAUCCCCAACAUUGUUGAUGAAGACAAUUCUUUGUUAAAUGCCUGGAAAGAAGCCUUUGGAUACACCAUGACCGUGAUGGCUGGAUUGACCACUGCUCUCUCUAUGAUAAUAUACAGAUCUAUUAAGGAGAAGGUCAGCAUGUGGACUGCACUGUUUACCUUUGGUUGGACUGGGACAAUCUGGGGAGUAUCUACUAUGUUUGUUCUUCAAGAACCCAUCAUCCCAUUAGAUGCAGAAACCUGGAGUUAUCUCAUUGCUAUAUGUGUCUGUUCUACUGCAGCAUUCUUAGGAGUUUAUUACGCCUUGGACAAAUUCCAUCCAGCUUUGGUCAGCACAGUACAACACUUGGAGAUUGUGGUAGCUAUGGUCUUGCAGCUUCUAGUGUUACACAUAUUUCCUAGUAUCUAUGAUGUCUUUGGAGGGGUAAUCAUUAUGAUUAGUGUUUUUGUCCUUGCUGGCUAUAAACUUUACUGGAAGAAUUUAAGAAGGCAGGAUUAUCAGGAAAUACUAGACUCUCCCAUUAAAUGAAUACCAGAUUAUUAUCUUGUUAACCAUCAGUUAAUAAUACACUGCCAUUUUAAUGUUCACCUAUGUCUUUUGUGUUGUAUAAUUGACAGUGCUAUAUAUUAUUAAUAUAUGCAGACGUAGAAAAUUUUAUUCUAGUCUCAUAUUCAAAAACAAGUAUUAAAUAUAUGAAAUA